AUGAUUAAUACGAGUAUCAUCUACGAUGGCCAACAGAUUGUAAUCAAAUUACCCGAUAAUCCAUCGUUGGAUACGAUAUAUCAAUAUUUACGGGAUACAUUGCCUCGAACGUUUGAUUUCCACACGCAUAUUAUUCAGUUAUUCGAUCCAGCUAUUGGAGAAUUCUUCGAUUUGAAUGAUGAUGGUCUACGGUCGUGGCUUUGUAUGCCAUACAAAGAACGAAGUCAUGUGCGUUUGCAAGUCAUUCGUGCUGGAAUCGAAUAUGAACACACAAAUGGACAUAAAGUGACAUCGAAUGAAAAUAUGUCGGAAGUUUUUCAAAAAAUAGAACGUGAUAUCGAAACAUUAUUUAGUGCCAUUGAAAAUCUUCAGACGAGUGCGCAUGGGAUCCGACAGGAUUUUAAAACAGCGCUUGAGAAAUAUACUAAAUAUCAAGAAGAAAAAGUUCGAUCAACACAGGAGUCGAUUCGAACGGAAAAUAAACCCAUUCAAAAUGGCAACAACGAACGACAAUUGCGCUAUCCAGCUGAAGACAUUCGAUUGAAAAAUAAGCCACAAACGCAAAAUGUGGUUCCUAUUCCGAUUGUGCAGCAAGUACCUUUAGUUUCGAAUGCCUAUCAAGAUGACGAUGACGAUGAUGAUGAUGAUGACGACGAACAAAGUAAUAAUACCACUGAUAAUCAGGUGCCAUUGAUUGAAAUUGAAACGCCAAUGUUGAAUGUGGGCGAGGACUUUCAAGCACUGGUGUCCAUUGCUGUCAAUCCAUCGUAUUUCUUCGUACAAAACACAGCGUUUACGCGUGAUCUGGAAAAACUUGCACAAAGCAUGAAUGAUUACUAUUCGACAAGUGAUCCACCAACGAAGUCGUAUAAGCCAAUGCCAAUGAGUUGCUGUGCAGCUCGAUAUUCAGUUGAUAAUCGAUGGUAUCGUGCACGAAUUAAACGAUACAGUUCGGAUACAACUGCUGAACUGGUUUAUCUCGACUAUGGUAAUAAUGAAGAGCGACAUAUUGAUGAACUACGUCCACUCAAUUCAGCAUUCACGCAUUUACCCGCACAAGCCAUAUGUGCUGCACUUGAAUUAUUACCAGUUAACGGCGAUAAUAAUAAUUCAUGGACGAAAAAAGCAAGUUUCAAAUUUCAUGAAGAUACAUUAACUAAGCCACUUGACGUGCGAAUUCUUGCCCAACCGACCUUGCAAUGGCCAAUGUAUUUCGUCCAACUUACUAUUGACGAGCAUACGGAUGUGGCUGAAACACUGAUUUCAUUACGUCAUGGUCGACGAGCAUCCCUUGGUGAAAUUGUCCAAAUUGUUGGUCCACGUCUUGAUCUCAAUGACUAUGCGGCUUACAAUUUACCUAAAGAAAUUCUACAACAAUCACCAAAUCCUCCUGUUCCUCUAAAACAAAUGGUGUACAACUCAAACAUGCCGCGUCCAACGAGACAAGAUUAUGGUAAUAAGCCAUCAUCAAGUUUAUCUGGUCGAAUUUCUCGUACGACUAAUCUUCCAUCGAUCAACUUGAACUUAACUGAUAACAUCGGUUCGUGCACAAUCACUUCGCUCACAUCGCCGUCGCUUUUCUUCGUUCAAUUGACUGAGAAAAACAAUUUCGAACAAAUCUACAACAGCGUCAACGAAACAUAUCUCGAACGGAUCUCAUGUGAUCGAAUGACACGUUUGAAGAGCUUUGCUGUCAACACGUUAGGUGUUGCACGAAAUAUACGCGAUCAACGCUUCUAUCGUGUUCAAAUUGUCAGUCAUGAUCGAGAACGGAAAACAUUAUCGGUUCUUUGUAUCGAUUUCGGCGAAUAUUUGACCAUCCAAGAAUCGUCCAUUUAUGAACUCAUACCGGAAUUUCAAAUCUAUCCACCGCAAGCGAUCAAAUGCUCAUUGGGUUUAAUACAAUCAACGAACGAUGCAUGGGCACGUGAAGCAAUUAACCUCGUGAAUCGUUUCGUGGGCGGAAAAGGUUUUAAAACCUUUCGAUUUUAUUCUUUAAGCGCUUCAACACGCUCCAUCAAACUUGGCGAUCCACCAUUGCCAAUUAUUUUGUAUGAUAUGAAUACAUCAAUGAAUUCUUUAAAUGAACAAUUAGUUGAAAAGAAACUCGCAAUACCUGAUACAUCCUAUAUGGAAUAUAUUCGUAUUGCUAAUGAUGCUAUGAAUGAUGUAAAUGGUUACAAAACACAACGUGUUCGACAAUAUAUUGAAUCUCAAAGAAAUUUUACUCAACCGCAAGUUACUCCUUCGGUCUUCACCGAAAGAAAUUCAGUUGAUGUUCGAUAUGAACAACCGCAAAAACAAGCAAUCAACAAUACCAAUGUCAUUCCAACCAGUAUCGAACCACUUCCUCUGCCAGAAAAUGAAGAAAACUUGCCAUAUUGUCCACCAGUUAUUGAACCUGAACCACGGCAUUGGUAUGCUGUGGAAGUCACGUAUGUUAAAUCAGCAGGCGAAUUCUUUGUUCGCUAUCCAUUUGGUAUUGAUAAUUCACUUGGACAAGGCACUGAGCCUGCUCCAUAUCCAGAUCAUAUCGAGCCAAACCAAAUGCUCAAUGAUCUUCAUCGAACUAUGGCUGAUUUCUACGCAACUGAGCAACGUCGCGGUAUAUCUACAGCUGCAGCGUUCUGUCGUGGUCAAAUGGUUGCUGUUCGCUAUCAAUCGCAUUGGUAUCGUGCACGCGUUUUAGAAUUUAAAGCAGCGACAAACUUUGCAUGGGUUCAAUUUGUCGAUCAAGGCGAUAUACGCGAAUUGGGCACGAAUACCAUGCGACCAUUACACACGCGAUUUCUUGAUUUGCCACUUCAGGCAUAUCUUUGUCAUCUAGAUGGUUUCGAUGCAGAUUAUCCCUGGACAGCGCAGGACAAGGAUUUAUUCAAAAAGAAAAUACGCGACAAGAUUUUGUACGCAAGGAAAACUCAUGAGCCCAACCUAGUUCAAUUGGUCGAAUUUGUUGAUAAUGAACUUGUUUCAUUCGAAUCAUUCUGGAAAACACUCCAUCAUUCGAAUAAAUCAUCGGAAAUAAGUAAACCUAUUUCAUCUGCGCCAAUAAAUCGUUUAACUACAAAUCAACGUUAUCCACCACCGCCAACCACCAAUAGUGAAGCACCUGUUCGACAUCUUCAACCAGUACUACCUGGUAUCGUUGGCUAUGGCAGUGGUUCCGAGUACAGUCAACCGCCAGUAGUGCUAUCGAAGACAGGCUCCAUGAAAAAAUCAAGCGGUGUUACUAUUCCACCACCACCUCCAUUAUCAACAAUGCGACAACCAAUGCAAUUCAUAUCAGCUGGCUUUAAGCCGACAACCGACUUGGGACACUUGACGCCGAGCGAACAACUAGCACAAUUUCAACAACAAGAAGGCCAUCGAAUCCAAUCGACAGGUGGUUAUUCAAUUAACAAACAUUUGCGUCCUCAACAAUAA